UUAACCCUUCCCACCAAUUUUCCCAACCAUAGUCUCCAUUUUCAUUUUCAGCUCACUCUCACUCACUCUUUAACUUCUAGGGUUACCGUUACUCCCUCGCCACGUACGGAGGCUCUCUCCUCCGUCAAAUGCCACUCCGAUGAACCCGCUACAACCCUCCGCCGCCACCUGCGACGGCUGCGGCGCCACCCAAGACGCCUUCCUCAUCAUCCACAACAUUCGCUACCUCGCCAGCAACCACCGCUACUGCACCAACUGCGUCCUCAAGCACCACCACGGCGUCUUCUGCCCUAUCUGCUUCGACGUCUUCGAAGAAGGCUCCCUCCUCCCUCAGCUCCGCGUCAUGUGCGUUCGUUGCCCUAACAUCGCUCACCGAUCCUGUGCGCUCACCUCCACCGUCGCUUACCCUACCUCCGCACCCGCAUUCCUCUGCCCCACUUGCGCCGAUCCCGAAUUCGCAUACUUCCAGCUCCCUGAUCGGAAAUCUGGAGCUGUCGAUCUCCAGUCCGCGAAGAUGCUCGUCGCCGCCGCUCGGAUUGCUGCUGUUUCCAUGACGAAGGCGGCUGCAGCUGCUCGGUUUGACGCCGAGCGGCGGGCGAAGGAAGCUGCCGUGGCGAGGAGGAAGGCGAAGGAGGCGCUGGAAAACCUCGCUAGUAUCGUCGCCAUGGAGCAGAUGGGAGUUUCUGCUCAGAAUGCUGGUGUGCGUGUCACGAAUUAGAGUACUUUGCCAUCAAAACUUGCAUUGUAAUUUAGAUUUAGACUGUUUGAUUUGGGCAAGUGCUGAAUUUUUUGUGCCAGGAUUUGGUUAGGGCUAGUUGACUGCAUCAUUCAUAUAUUCAAAUGCUCAGUUAUUCUGUUUCGUGUAUAAUAUUCGUGACCGGAUUUAUCAUUUUAGAAGUGAAUUAUGUGUCGGAUAUGAGUUUGCGAUCGGAUUUAUCAUUUUAGAAGUGAAUUAAGAUUGUCUUGUUUGAA